UAAGUUCUGCCAAAACAACUAAUGUUUAUUGACAAGUUCCCUUAUAAACAAAGAAAACAAAAAAGGAAACAAAAUGUUUAAAGAAUUCGUUUUGUGGAUGCAUCGCCUGGCUCAUGACUUUUGCCUGGCUCGUCCUUUGAUUCCGCCACCACGACAAGGCUGUCGUGUGCCGGUGAAAAAUGGCUUCUUCGCCAACUUAAUAUUCUUCAUUGCCAUUGUCACACCGCUGUACUUUUGCCUGCUGGAGGACCUGAUCGCCAUGAUCACUGGGCCCAAAAAGGGCUAGUUUCCCACAGGAUGUGGCCCAUUUGAAGUCAUAGCUUGGUCAGUCAAUUAAGUUGUUUGUGUACACCCAAAACCCCAAUCAAUAAAGUUUGUGGCAUCGUCUGAACACUCA